GCGCGGAGGGCACGAAGCACGGGCUCAGGCGGAAAUCGCUGUCGUUCGCUCCGGAUGAGCGAGCCGGGGACAGCAAAAAGCAGCCGUAGCUUUCCUGCAAGGCGUUGUCCUUCUGUAUGCCGCGUAGUUAGGGAGCCUGGUGCGCCAGGGCGGGGGGCAAGAGGUGCGCUGGGCGAGUCUCCUUGCGCUGCUGCGAAGCCGGGGCUCGUAGGCCUGUGGCGGGCAAGGGCAGUGCAGGCCGGUGCAGGAGGCCGGAGCUGGUUGCUUUGGGUUGGCUCAGGAACCUGGGUAAGAGACAUCACCGCUUAGAGAAUGGUAUAUUGCAAAUUACAUGAUAGUCCUGUCUCCUUUGCUGCCCUCCUCUUUUUGAAAUUUGUCCAACAAGGGCUCGCUAGCUUCCAAAAAGAAUCACGAAGGCAGUGCAGACAGUCUUUUUCCUGAUGCCCGCUCCUCCUUGCCUGCUCUAGCCGUCUCUCAGUACUCUGUGUUAUGCUGACAAGAUGGGACCGCUUUUUCUGAAAACAGCCCUCAUGUGUGUCGGGGAAGCAAAUUCAGAUGAGUAGAUGAAGUCCUGUUAACUGCCAUGUUGCUCCAGUCAGUUACUCCAAAACCUUAAGUUGAGGGAGUAGGCCUAAUCUUAUGGCUGUAUUUAAGGGUGGGUCCUUUGGGAUGCUGUUGCCUCAUCAGGGCCUCUGUUUAGGAAGGGGGGAUGUCCAGGGGUGAGGAUGUGAACCUAAACCUCUAAAAACCAUAGAUUCUUUAUGCUGCUCUGAUGCAGGCUUUUCAUACAAAUUUGACAGUCACUGUGGCUGAGGUCCUACAAAGCGUUCAAGUAUCUUAAUUCUUUUUAUUUCAGCAGGUCAUUAACGUUCUGGGAGGCCUUUUUGUACAGUGAUUAGAUUCUUAUUUAAAAAAGGGAGAGGAUAGUGUCUCCCUGUUUUGAGAAGGUUGAAGUAAUUCUUUGUAGGUCUGACAAACAUGUCUCCUUGCAGCUGAAGCAACUUGAAAACCAGUAGCUGAACAGCUGAGCAGAUUUUCUGUGGCUUAUUAGAGGUCUAUGUAAGAAAGCUGUGUUAUUGAAGGGAGGCACAGUGCUGCCUGGAGGCGUUUAAACACAUGUGCAAUGUAUGAACAGUGGUGCUGCUAGUGGUUAGAGUUUAGCUGCAUACAAUGUGGAUAAAAUAAUGAAACAAGUUACAAGGGUGUGAGAGGAAAUGGUGUACACUGUAGCUUAAAACGUGGAUGUGUGAAGCACUGACUCAACUGUACGAGGAAGGCUGCUGGAAAGUUGAGCCCCAAUGUCUGCUGUUUGAUUGUUGGUACAUGAUAUUCAAUUUGGCCAUUUACUGUGUGCCCUGAAUAAUUGUCACAAAUUUGUGUGACAAUUCCAUAUUAAAUCAAUUAUGUGGCUCUGCAGGGUUUGGCUGUGUUGUGCAGUGCCAGUGGAAGGUGCAGAGCCUGGCAUGAAUGAGCAAUGUUUCAUGGUUGUGUUGUGAGAAUGAACCCAUAAAACUGAGAAGUUCCUAUGUUAUAAUAGGGUAUAUGGGUUAGAAAAGACUGUGGGGUAUGUUAAGUUACUCAGUCACUUGUGUGGCUUUUUAAAACCAAAUACUAUGUUCCUUUUGCCGCUAAAAAUGGUUGUCUAAGCUUCUCUAAAUCUUAAUUCUCUACUCCUAGCAAAACACACCAAAAAGGAGGGAGAUGAUGAAGAUCUGUGAAUGGGACCAAUUGGCUGAGUUUUGUUGGUUUUUUUUUUUUUAAGAAGAAAACCUAAUUAAAGAAAAAAAAGCAGAAAUUAAAUCAUGAGUAAUCUUAACACUCUCAAAGUUUGAGCCAGAACACAGCAAAGAUGCUCUCUUUGUUUUUUUUGCACUGCUUGUGAUUUCUGAGUCCAUGUUGUUGGAAUAAAGGAUGCUUAAACAUUUCCCAGUGGGCCUUUGGCUGUGACAUGGUUGUGUUUGUAUACUUGUGACUAAGCUAGAGGACAGUAUAUUGACUAAGCUCCGUAGCACUAGGGAAGUGGAAUGACACCGUAAGCUGACUACAUUAAAAGCAUAAGAGCCAGAGGUUAAAUACAGUCGUUGUGUGAUUCCUUCCAGGUUCUUGGAAGGAUGACCACUCUCACGCGGCAGGACCUUAACUUCGGACAAGUUGUUGCAGAUGUUCUUUCAGAAUUUCUGGAAGUGGCUGUUCACCUCAUCCUGUAUGUUAGAGAGGUUUACCCUAUUGGGAUCUUUCAGAAGAGGAAAAAAUACAAUGUACCUGUCCAGAUGUCCUGCCACCCAGAGCUGAAUCAGUACAUCCAGGACACGCUGCACUGUGUGAAGCCAUUGCUUGAGAAGAAUGAUGUGGAAAAGGUUGUAGUUGUAAUCCUGGAUAAAGAGCACCACCCAGUGGAGAGAUUUGUCUUCGAGAUCACCCAGCCACCUCUUCUUUCCAUUAGUUCAGAGUCCUUGCUGUCUCAUGUGGAGCAGUUGCUGCGUGCCUUCAUCCUGAAGAUCAGCGUAUGCGAUGCUGUGCUCGACAACAAUCCCCCAGGUUGCACCUUCACGGUUCUGGUUCACACGCGGGAGGCAGCCACAAGGAACAUGGAAAAGAUCCAGGUGAUAAAGGAUUUCCCAUGGAUCCUUGCUGAUGAACAAGAUGUGCACAUGCAUGACCCCCGGCUUAUUCCACUGAAGACUAUGACAUCUGAUAUCUUAAAGAUGCAGCUAUAUGUUGAAGAGCGAGCCCACAAAGGCACCUGACUUCAGCUCUUCACCACCUUCAAGCCUCAGAUCUUUCAGUGGAAUCGGACACCUUACAAACUAUACUUUGAUAACAAGUCUCAUCAGCUGGCCUUCGGGGUGAAUGUAGAGCAGCUGCUGCCUCUUUAUUUCAAGUGCGCUUACCACUGUAUAUAGAACUGACUUGGAAUGUGGAGCCAGAGCCUGUUCCCAUGUA